AUUACCAACCCAACCUUAUUAACAAACAUCAUAGGGCCAGGGGCAUUGUUUCUCUCGGAGAAGAGUGCUAGUAAACAAACCGAACAGAGCAUAACCAAGAAGAAACCAUGAACGCACCCGAUCGUUACGAACGUUUCGUCGUUCCUGAAGGCACCAAAAAGGUUUCUUACGAGAGGGACACCAAGAUCAUCAAUGCCGCAUCUUUCACCAUUGAAAGAGAAGAUCACACUAUCGGAAACAUCCUCCGCAUGCAACUCCACAAAGACCCUAACGUCCUAUUCGCUGGAUACAAACUUCCUCAUCCUCUUCAGUACAAAAUUAUUAUUAGGAUACAUACCACCAGUCAGUCUUCACCAAUGCAGGCGUAUAACCAGUCUAUUAACGAUCUCGAUAAGGAACUUGAUACUUUGAAGAGUGGUUUUGAGGCUGAGUUGUUGAAGUUUUCAAAGGACUAUUGAUUUACAACAGUCAAGAUGGAACUUGUGAUCUUUUGUAGCUAUUGUGACAGCAGAUCAGUCCAGUAAAAUCAAAUUAAAAUAGGAUAUUGUGUAUGCAAUUCAAAAUUAUAUUAACAAAAAUGCUUUAGAAGGAGGAUUUGCACUGUAUUGAAACAACCAACUACUAGUUUGUUUCUGUUCUGUGACUUCUGUCACAGGGAUCUUGUGAA